AUGCCUUUAGAAUCACGGGUACCAACUCCAGAGUGCAGCAAAAGUCCGGAAGGAAGUAAGAAAGUUGUUGAUGAUUCUACUCCGUGAGUUUAAUUUUUAAUAUUAUUUAUGUGUAAUUUAGGUUUAGAGUGACGAUAAUUUCAGAACUUUGCCGUAUAAAGAAGUAUUGAAGAUCAUGAAAAAACAUUAUCGGGAUCAAACUCCAACCAGAUCAAAGUCGCCAUCCCGGUGUCGCCGAUCACUCAGAUUGAAUGCCAUCGAAGCAUCCGAACCUCUACCCAGUUUUGAAAACCCGAACACUUUUAACAAUAGAAUCCGACGAAGAAUGAUAGAAUUGCAAAACUUGGACACCCGUAAACUCAGGCAUGAACUCUCAUCGCAACCAUCGGCUUUAGAGACUCCGGCCGGAGCAGAUAGACCAAUUUAUAACUUGAUGAAUGCAUCCUCGGUAAAUCGCAAAUACGUCGAUGAUAUGGCCGAAGAACACCUGGAAGGUGGAACCAUGCCAGGAGAAUCGGAACUACAGAAAGAAGAAGGAGCUAGGUUUCUGCAGCGUGUUUUAUUCACGCUGCCUGCGAAAUUUUUAGAAUUUUCCAUGAAAAUCUUGUAA